AUGCCUCGACCAACCGGAGAUGGCAAGGGCCGCAGCCACAUGUCACAGCAUAUGGAGUUCUGGAGAGCAAAGCAAGAAAGUGCCAGACCUGGUCCACACCGUCCAAUUGAACUCAUUGUGAGUCCCUGUCUCGAACCAUCCUUCGGCCUGGAUCGGUAUCCAGAAGCAGAAUCAUGGAAGGCUGGAACGAGGCAAAUUCAUGAACUCGAGGAGGACAAUGCGAGUCCAGCGGACACCGAAAACAAGGGGCGAGGUGGCUUCGAGGGACGCCUUACAGGUACAAGCUUCGGUAAGCAACGAAGACUAAAAUGCUUCAGCUUGUUCGGUCCGUUUAGCGAUUCUGUCAGCAGGAUCCAAUUUUAG